AGGGCAAUCAUUCGUGACUAACGAUGACGUUCCUCUUUGCCGCACAGACCCCACCACACACCACACCACCACACCACCACCCAAGCUCUCCGAUUUUCUCACUGGUACUGUAGCUAAAGUGAUCAUCAUAACAGUGCCUCUGUCACGGUCGGUGUUGCUAGAAAGUCUAUUAUCUGUCAAUAAGUUAUUAUAGCACCAUGGCGCUUCUAGAGCCACCUCAGGAUUUGUUGAAGCUGUUGCGUGAAUCCCUACCCGAAGAAGUUGGGAAUAAAGCUGUUGACGAAAAUGAUGGUAGCGAGGAGAUUCUCGCCUACGUUGCGUUCCUCGCGGCAGGCCUGACGGAUGCUCAUGAGUACGAUGCAUCCGUAUGGGAAGAAGCAUUGGAGCCAUACCUUUCGUCGCUGGUGACGGGGAACAAAGAGUUGGUGGAAACCUUUCGUCAAAAAGCCGAAACUGCGUUUGCGUUGGACGAUGCUUCGCUGUUUGGGGACGAUGACGAUGAUGCCGAAGAACUCUGUGAUUUGAGAUUCAACUUGGCAUACGGAGGAAAGAUCCUUUUGCAUCAGACCCGCUUGAAGUUAUUGCGAGGCCACCGCUAUGCAUUGGUGGGACAGAAUGGAGUUGGAAAAACUACCUUGAUGAGCGCAAUCAACAAUGGCAAGUUGGAUGGGUGGCCAUCGCACCUAAAGACAGCAUACGUGGACUCGGGUUCCAAUGUGGACCCAAAGUUUGAGGAACAGAUGAUGCUUCCCUAUUUAGUGGAAUCCACUGGUAGAAGCGAAGAAGACUGCGUCAAUAAGCUCAAGGAGCUUGAUUUUACAGACCAAAUGAUGAAAGGAACCAUUGGUGCCCUGUCAGGAGGUUGGCAGAUGAAGCAUCGUCUAGUCCGGGCUGUGCUAAUGGAUCCUGAUAUCUACCUCAUGGAUGAACCUACAAACCAUCUACACGAAUCCGCCGUCAAGUGGCUCACGGAUUACCUCCUGGCAUUGUCCCAUCAAACGGUUCUUUGUGUUUCCCAUGAUGUUGCGUUUCUGGACAACAUCUGUACAGAUGUGAUUCACUACGAAAAUCGAGAACAGUGGGGGCCAUACAACAAGCUGGUGCACUACAAGGGUAACAUGGAGGACUUUGCCAAACACCCACAAUCAAAGAACUAUUUCCGUGAAUUGGCCAAAGAGCGGGGCCCUCUAGGAAACUUGAACAUGGAUGAUGAUGGCAUGCUAAAAUUUAUUUUUCCUGAACCAGGCCGCCUCGAUGGGAUCAAAACGUCUACGCAGAAGUUUAUUGAAAUGGAAAACGUGGACUUCCAAUACCCUGGAGUCGACACCAAUCAGCUUACAAACAUCAACCUGAAGAUGUCCCUUUCUUCGAGAGUUGUGGUUCUGGGAGCCAAUGGAGCAGGUAAAACAACUCUGAUUAAGAUGAUCGUAGGCGAGACUGUGCCCUCCAACCUUGGCGGUGGUUGCAAAUUCUACAUCCAUCCCAAUGUUCGUGUCGCGUACGUUGCCCAGCAUGCUUUCUAUCACGUCGAACAGCACAUGGAGCAGAGUCCAGUGGCGUACCUUCAGUGGCGCUUUAAGCAUGGCUGGGACAGAGAGAAGAUGGAGAGCGAAGGUUUCAAGAUUUCGGAACAAGAGCAGGCCGCCAUUGACGCGUUUGGGCUCGAGGGAAUCUGGAGUAGACGUUUGCGGGCAGGAAAGCUCGAGUACGAGGUGAAGAAGACUGGAGUACCAGAAAAGGACAACAAAUACUACAGCAAGGACGACCUCCUGGCCAUGGGCUUUGAAAAGCUUCUCAAACAAACUGAUGAGAAGAUUGCUUCGAAGGAAGCAGGUCUCGAUUUGCGCCCGGUAACCACUUCUGAAAUCCAGAAACACCUUGACGGAUUCGGCUUGGAGCAGGAGUUUGGCACAUACGGAAAGAUCCGAGGUUUGUCUGGAGGGCAAAAGGUCAAACUAGUUCUGGCAUCCGCUUUCUGGACCGUCCCACACUUGGUUGUUCUUGACGAGCCGACAAACUUUCUGGACAGAGAAGCCUUGGGAGCUUUGUCUCUUGCCUUAAACAGGUGGGGAGGAGCUGUCUUGAUGAUUUCGCAUAGCAAAGAGUUCUAUUCAAGUGUGUGCAAGGAAGAGUGGAACAUGGCUAACGGCACUUUGACGAUCGAGGGCUACUCGGAAGAGCGUGCAAUGAAGGCCGUAGCACGCAAGAAGAAGUUCGAGAAAGAACUCGACAAUGACGAGGUUUUGGAGAAGGCUGGAGGAAACAUGAACAGCAACGCUGACAAGUACAAAGAUGCAACAACCAACUUCUGGGGUCAAACUGUUUCCAAGAAGGAAGCUCGCCAGUACGACAAAGCAAAGAAGAAGGGCGACAUUGCAUUGAUGCGCAAGAUUCUCCAGGUUCCAGCUGGAAAAGUUAUGCCUGGUUACGAGGAGUUGGGCGAUGGGAAAAAGUAGACGUUGCCGAGGAUACCUCUGCCAUGAAUACACAGCUUGUUGCGGCAUCUAAGCUUGGUAGUGAUGCGGUAGUUAUGAAUUAUCAACUUGAAGCCUCCUUUUGUCG